AUGCCUCGGAAGGAGCAGGCUGGCUGCAUCCUCCUCCUCACAUUCCUGGGUCUGGCCCGGCUGGUUGGCACAGUUACCAGAACAUACCACAUUGGGAUUGUGGAAGAAUACUGGAACUAUGUACCCCAAGAGAAGAACGUUAUUACUGGAAAAAGUUUCGCAGAAGACAAACUUGCCACCUUAUUUCUCGAAAGAGGGCCCAACAGGAUAGGCAGCAUUUACAAAAAGGCUAUUUACCGACACUUCACAGAUGAGACCUAUUCCACGGAGAUCCCCAAACCUUCCUGGCUUGGAUUCCUGGGCCCCAUCCUGAGGGCUGAAGUGGGUGAUGUGAUUGUCAUUCACUUAAAGAACUUUGGAUCUCGACCUUAUUCUUUGCACCCACACGGCGUUUUCUACAACAAAGACUCAGAAGGAGCCCUAUACCCAGAUGGAACAUCCGGAAGGAAUAAAAAUGAUGACAUGGUUCCUCCUGGCAAAAACUACACCUAUGUCUGGCCAGUGAGAGAAGAAUACGCACCUACUCCAGCGGAUGCGAACUGCCUGACCUGGGUGUACCAUUCGCACAUCGACGCCCCUAAGGACAUCUGCUCUGGGCUCAUUGGCCCCCUGCUGGUGUGUAAGGAAGGUACCCUAAACAGAUAUUCAGGUACAAGGACUGAUGUGGAUCGAGAGUUCAUUAUAAUGUUUACUCUUGUGGAUGAGAAUCAAAGCUGGUACCUCGAUGAAAAUAUCAAACAUUUCUGCACUGACCCCAAUUCUGUUGACAAAGAAGAUGCUGUUUUCCGGAGGAGUAACAAGAUGCACGGCCUCAAUGGAUACCUCUUUGGAAACUUCCCUGAACCUGAUAUGUGUGUUGGUGAAUCCGUGUCCUGGCACCUCUUUGGAAUGGGGAAUGAGAUAGACAUCCACUCCAUCUAUUUUUACGGUAACACCUUCAUUAGCAGAGGACAUCGGACUGAUGUCGUCAACCUGUUCCCGGCCACGUUCCUCACAACAGAAAUGAUAGUCAAGAAUCCCGGGAAGUGGAUGAUAACCUGCCAGGUCAGCGACCACCUACAAGCUGGUAUGCUGGGGCAGUACAAUGUUGGUAACUGCAAAAGUGAUAUUUUUCACCCCAAGAUGAAGGGUCAACAAAGGCGCUACUUUAUAGCAGCUGAAAAAGUUCUUUGGGAUUAUGGUCCUCAAGGCUAUGACAAAUUCAGCGGUCUUCCCCUCAAUGCCUCUGGCAGUGAUUCUGAGCCUUACUUCACACGAGGGGACAACAGAAUAGGAGGAAAAUACUGGAAGGCUCGGUACACUGAGUUUGUUGAUGCAACUUUUACCCAAAGAAAGAGACUCUCUACUGCAGAAGCCCAUCUUGGAAUUCUUGGCCCAGUCAUCAAGGCAGAGGUGGGGGAUACCCUGUUAGUGACCUUUGCCAACAAAGCUGAUAAGGUGUACAGCAUUUUGCCCCAUGGUGUGAUCUAUGACAAAGCGUCUGAUGCAGCCCCAAACAUAGAUGGAUUUCUGAAACCGGGGGCGCAUGUUAAACCAGGUGAAACCUUCACAUACAGGUGGACAGUGCCUGAAAGUGUAAGCCCUACAGCUGACGACCCUCCCUGUCUGACAUAUCUUUACUUCUCAGCAGUUGACCCAAUCAAGGACACAAACUCUGGCCUUGUAGGGCCUUUGCUAGUCUGUAAAAGGGGCGUUCUCAAUGCUGAUGGGACACAGAAAGGAAUAGACAAGGAGUUUUACCUACUGUUCACAGUCUUUGAUGAGAAUCUGAGCAGGUAUUUUGAUGAAAACAUUCAGAAGCUUACCUGGCGUCCCUUCAGUGUUGACAAAGAAGAUAAAGAGUUUGUGAAAUCCAACCGAAUGCACGCUGUUAAUGGCUACAUGUAUGGCAACCAGCCAGGUCUAAGCAUGUGCAAAAAGGACAGAGUUUCCUGGCAUAUGAUUGGAUUGGGCACUGACACCGACAUGCAUGGAAUUUCUUUUCAAGGGAACACCAUCCACCUCCGAGGAACUCACCGAGACUCCCUGACCCUGUUUCCCCACAUGGCCACAACAGCAUUCAUGCAGCCAGACCGUGCAGGUAUUUUCAGGGUGUUUUGUGCCACCUUGUACCACCUCUUGCGAGGCAUGGGUCAGAUAUAUGAGGUCAACGGCUGUGGCAACAAGGACCCUUCUGAGCAGCCGUACGGGAUGAUAAGAACGUUUUACAUCGCCGCUGAAGAGGUAGAAUGGGAUUAUGCCCCUAACAAAAACUGGGAGUUCGAAAAGCUGCCCUUGGACGCAAGAGGGGAAAGACAUGGAGAUAUAUUUAUGAACCACACUGAAAAUUGGAUUGGCUCUCAGUACAAGAAGGUGGUUUACAGGGAAUACACCGAUGGAGAAUUUGUGGAGAUCAAAGCCCGGCCACCGCGAGAGGAGCACUUAGAACUCCUGGGCCCAAUGAUUCAUGCCGAGGUGGGUGACUCAGUCCUGAUUAUAUUUAAGAACAAAGCCAGGCGGCCCUACUCCAUCUCAGCCCAGGGUGUGGAGGAGAUGGACACUGGAAAGCAAUUCCAAGUGCCCGUGACGAAGCCAGGAGAAAUAAAAACUUACAGAUGGAAUAUCCCUAAAAGAUCUGGUCCAGGGCCCUCUGAUCCCAACUGUAUUCCGUGGGUUUACUAUUCCACAGUAAACUUUGUGAAGGACAUGUAUAGUGGUUUGAUGGGUCCUCUGAUUGUAUGUCGAGAAGGAAUAUUGAAUGAAAAGGGAAGAAGAAGUGAUAUUGAUUAUGAAUUUGCUCUCUUGUUUUUGGUAUUUAAUGAGAAUGAAUCCUGGUAUCUGGAUGAAAAUAUUAAGAAGUAUCUCAAUAAAGAUCCACGAGAUUUUAAGCCCUCUGAUGAUUUUGAGGAGAGCAACAGAAUGCAUGCUAUUAAUGGGAAGAUUUUUGGGAAUCUCCAUGGCCUCAUAAUGAAUGAAGACACAAUGACAAACUGGUAUUUGCUAGGGCUAGGAAGCGAAGUGGACAUCCAUACCAUCCAUUACCACGCUGAGAGCUUUCUUUUCAAAAUGGAUAAAUCUUACCGAGAAGAUGUGUAUGAUCUUUUCCCCAUGACAUUCCAAACCAUCGAACUCUUUGCAGAUCACCCAGGGACAUGGCUGCUACACUGUCAUGUGUCUGACCACAUCCAUGCUGGCAUGGAGACAACCUACACAGUCCUCCGGAACAUAGACAACAGGAUUCCCUACUCCACCAUGUCCCCUUCAGGAGGGGCAUUCCACCCGGCCACGGUGCCCUCCGAUGAACAACCUGGCAAGGAAAAUCUCUAUUUCUUUGGCAAGAGUCUGGGUCCUAGAGGAGCCAAGGCAGCCUUGGUCGUCCUUUUCAUCAUCGGACUCCUCCUCCUGAUCGCCACUGUGAUUCUCUCCCUCAGACUCCACUCUGCGAGGAAGCAGAUGGUUUACCAGGAAGUCCAGUCCUGUGCACUCCCCACGGAUGCUCUGUGA